AUGGUUAGCAAUAAAAAUUAAAGUGGAUUUGAGCAAUUAGAAAAAGAUAAAGAACCUGGUUUCAACUUUGAAGAUAAUUAUGAAUUCUAUAUGUACCAUCUUAACACUUCAGGCCAACUUAUUACGCCACAGGAAUAAAUUGAUCCCCUUAAUCCAAACAGUAGGGUAGUUUUGUCUAAAACAAAAUUAAGCAAAAUCAGUAAAUUGAAGGCUGACCAGGAAAAAGAUUAAAAACCUUCACUAGGCUCAUAAUUUGGUCAAGCCCUAAGAGGUAAAUUAGGCCAGGAUGAAGCAAAUGCAAAGAAGGGUAAAGAGAAUAAAAUCAUAGAGGAAUAAAAUAGGAGAAUAAGAGAAAGAGUGAGUUAAGAACUUGUUUCUGACAGUGAAGCGUAUCACUCUUCAUUUUCUCAUAUUACUCCAAUGGAUGAUAAAAAAUUCAGAUCAGCAAAUUUAAAAAGCAGUGAAAAAAGAAACAGCUCUUAUACUAAAAUGCAAAGUUCAAUUUAAAAUUCAAGGCAAGUGGUAAUCAAAUAAAAGUCUAGUAGUUAAUUUAGAAACGGAGAUCAGAGUGAAAGAGCAGAAUAGAAUUUGAAACUUCCAUAAAUAAAGUAAAACAAGAUAUAGCCAUUUGAAAUAGAACCUAAGAGGAAGAGUAAAAACUACUUAACAAUUCCAGUUAACAAAUCAGUUCACAUUCUAAAUCAAUCUCAAAAUGUAAACAAAAACUAAUUAGGUUUGAGCAUGGUUUUGAAUAAGGAUUUGAGAGCAUCUGUUUAAGUGAUGCCUCGCUAUAUGUCUUCUUAAGGUCCUAGAUAAGAAGAAAAACAUAGUCUGAGUCCAGAGGAAAAAAGCGUCAAAAGAAAAGAAAAAUAUUGGAAUAUUCAUUUAAAUGACAGCGGCGUUAGAGAUAAAUUAUUACUGUAGCGUAAAGCUCAGUAAUAUUAUUAAAAGGAAGUAAGAUCUCAUGUACCAAAGAUAAACCAAAGUAAGUAACUUGAAAUUGAGAUCAGAAAAAUGAAAAUGGAUGUCAAAGCAGAUAAGAUGAGAGAUAUGAAAAGGAUUAAUCUUGCAGAUGUCGUCGAAAAAUACGAUUUAUGA